UCGUGCUUUCGCGAGUCGCUAGGUUUCGUUGUAAACAGAGAAAACAGGGUUUUUUUCCUAGCGAGUUUUUACUUGUAUUAUGAUUGCGCACUGAAUUUGUUGCUAUUGCAAACGACAAGUGAGAGUGUAUGACGUGAUCUGGAGCAUUUUUCUUGAUUUUAUUUUGUUUUGUGUAUAGUCUUCAAGCCGUAUCAGAACAGAAAGCUCGAACUGGAGCGGUCUGGUUGACUGUUUUUGUGUUUUUACAUACAGCACAGUACUAAUGCGCAGCGAGGUGUCGACAGCUGGUAACUAAAACAUUACUGCGAAUAAAUUUGCAUUAGCGCAUUGUCGUUCGGACUGUGAGGACGCAGGUCGUAUCAAGAGUUUCAACGAUAGAGGCAGUGUUUUUUGAAUCUCCCAUAAGUGUUAUUUUGUAGUGUAAUUGUCGAUCCUGUAAAUCGUUUCGAAGAGAACGCCAUUUUAAUACAAUUUUAUUGAGUGCGUGCGUACGUGUGAUUAAAACAACGCCAACAAGGUUCCGUAAAAUAUCUCCUGAACUGUACAUUUGACGUUGUACAAGGGGUUUCUGUUACCUGACUUUCGAAAAGAAUUUGCAGUGAAACAAAGUAGCCAAGUGCAUGAAAAGGAAACUGGAUCGACGUAAACAGUUCUACAAAGAGGUGUGCGUUUUUUUACGAAUUGCGCGUUGAGUAGCGCAUCUGUGCCUGUGUUGGUGCUUUGUUUAUAGACCGUUUCUCCUUCUGUUGAAUUUCUUAACCUGGAGAGACAGCUGCGGAGGUUCCACGUACACUAUUGAAAUCUUUGUUUACAAAUAUAGCGAAGAGUAGCAAGGAAGGAGAAUUGAUUUUUCCAUUGACUCGGUACACCAGCGCACAGAGAAAUUUUCCUGUACGACAAACCGGGAACCAUCCGUACAUUCCAGACAAAGAACAAGAGAAUGUUCAAUUCUAUCAAUCUAACGAGUGGAACGGAUAAAAUGACAACGACGCCUAGAAAGAGUGAGGAUCUGUUGGGAGAAUCAUGGAUUGAACUGUCAUCGAACACGAACACAUGCCCCAAGAGUCCCGAUCGGACCACCCCACUGCCAUUUACCUCGGUGGAAGAAUAUUUGAGACUGUUACGGGAAGCCCAGCGGGAAUCGAAAGAAUCGAGCCGAGUGACUUCGCUGACCAGUUCGCGGCGGGAUUCGCCCCGCGGUAGUCCAAAAUCACCUCCCAAUAGUCCAAACACGGAACUUGCCACCACCGAGGAAGAGCUAAGGGGUGUUUACAUCAACUAUCUCAACCGGGAAGGAAAACCUACCGCUCAGAGAGAUAACGACUGGAUGUGGGAAUGGAGCAGUCGGCCGGACCAACUGUCACCAUCAAACUGGAAAUUUGAUCAUCCCAAACAAAGAAUCCGCAGGGUUCAGCAAGGAGGUUACUCGAUGCGGUUGGCACGGGUAGGCAAAAAUUCCCUUUUUUCGCGUGAAGUUCUCUACUCCCUUGUACUGACCAAUGUAUUGUCGCUUUUGCUGGGCGCAGGAAUUGGCGCAUGGCUGCACAAACGAGGACUGCUGUUUACCAGAAUUUCGAUUGAAUAAUCUGCAAACAGAGAACAAUUUCCUGAUGACAGAUUGCAAUAUUUUAAGUUAUGUCAUGAAUACGCUGUUGUAAUUUAGAGUCAUCAUUCAGCAUUACGAUCUAGUGUCAAAUCAGUGGAGCGAGAAUUGGCAGAUUAACUUUGCCAUGAUAUGGAUCUUUUUAACGAAAAGAAAACUUUAAUUCAAAGACAUCACUUGUACACCGACACGAUAAAAAGGGCUAAGUUGUUCUUGUGAUCGUGUUUGGACAAAAACUAGGACUGCUAGGACAAAAAUGGAAACUCAGGAAAUUAUUAAAUACCAAAAUUUUGAAAAGGUUAGACUAAUGGUUUGCAGGAUUUAAAACUAGGCAAUGAAAAAAGUUGAGCAAAGAGUCGCUUUGAAUACGACGACGCUAUGUAGUUUCCAAUUUUACGUGAAUUUGCUAGUGCUAAAGACGAUUCCUGUAAAUAAAUUUAUUUUAUUUACUGCUGUUUCGUUAGUCAAAAUUACAAAUCUGUAUCGGAGAUAUCUAUAUUCUCGAAUUAUUGGUUUGCUGCUGUAAAGCAAAACACAUAGCUAUCGGAACCAUACAUACAACUGUUUUAGUUAUUAAAUUUUGUUAUUUUUAUUUACGCACUUUCGUCGCAGUGUCAUUUUUGUUUCAAAAUACUUACACCUGGACAGUUAUGCUUGAAGUUUAUAUAAUUUGACAUGAUAAUUUGCUUAUCAUAAUCAAAGUGAUAAAGAGCAGUAAUGCAAGGCAAAACACAUUUGUUGCAAGUCAUUUUUUUUAUCGAUUAUAGCACCAUCAAAGUGAACGAAAAAUGAGAAUUUUGUAAAAAGAUAUUUCCAGCCCCUUAGACUAUGACUAACAUUUGCUAUAACUAUAACCGGUCUUCUUUGAAUUAGGAUGAUAGACUUACCUAGUUUGAAUAACAAUAACGAAAUCAUGUGAUUUUCAAAAUUGCGGCCGACCUAGUAUGCAUAUACCACAAACAAAAGUAAACGAGUAAUUCUUCGGAGCUGCUGAAGGAAUUCUGCUUGUAUUUUUGCAAAUAAUGAAGACGAAUAUUUUUACUUUAGAUAUUAUUAUUUAAUGCCAUUUUCAUUUAAACUGCUCUAGGAAUAUUUUGUUUUGCUUUGAUUUCCUAAUACUUUAGGUUUUAUUCACAUGUUUAUUUUUUAUGUUGGUUGCAAAUGCAUAGUAGCAUAGCAGUUGUUGAUGUGCUGAUAUGACUGAUGCCAUUUUAUACAGAACUUUGCCAUCUUAGUUCUGUUUGAAAUAGCUAUUCAAUGUUCAUAGGGGCACUAUGAAUAGUAGUGUUCGGUAGCAAUCGAGCUGCAGAGAUUAUUAGGUUCGGAGGUCGGUUUUGAAGAUUAAAAUAAGUGCAAAUGAUUAAUAAAGAAUUCGUUUAUGACGACCUAGCUUGAAACUGAGCGAACGAGUGGUACCCAUUUGCUCUGUUUGAAAGCACUUUGUGCGAAACUAUACGAGCUAGGCUUCAAACGAAUUCAUUAUAAGUUGGAUCUUUUAUAUGCUCAAGGCGCCAUCUAAUAGCUUCAUAUUCCAAUUCCCAGAUGGAGCUUUUUCUAUAGUUUAUCUCACGUAUGACUAAAAUAUAACGUCUAUCAUCAGUAGAGUAAUAAGGGUACACGAAUGUGUUUGGAAAUAAAUUAUGCAUUUCGGCAUUUUGUUUAAAACCUACUAUUGUCUCGCUCACUUUGACAUGAUAGUGUAAGCAAUUAAUCUGAAUUUGAUGUCUUAUUGGCUUUUCUGUACUAGGUAAACAAACAGUAUAAAUAUUCAAAUAUUACAAUUAUUUUUCAAAUUAAACUAGUAAACUAGAAGUUAUUUUUACAUACAUCCAUAAUGUGAAAUAAAUUAACU